AUGAAAUGGUUUCUUUUGUUUGGAUUUGUUGCAAUGUAUCCUGCUCAGUUGGAGACAGCAAAUUGUGGAGUCAAUGAUCACGAUUGUCCACCCGUCAAGAACGAGGAACUAACAGCAGACGAGGCGCGUUACAGUACAGACAGCGACUCGGGUUUACCAACUUGUCGUGUCUGCCAUUCUGCAGAGUCCGACAGACGAGGAGAUGCUGCCUUGGGGAUUUUGGGGAUUGCUCCUCCGGUAACAGAAGCUCGUAAAAGCAAUGCGGAGGAAACCGGUGAUGAGGUCGGCAAAGCUACAGAGGCCGAGCAGAAGAGCUCCGUCGUCAAAAGCAAUGGGGUGGAAUCUGGCUUCGUCGAAAUAGCAGGUCCCGAUGGGGAAGUUUUCAUUUGCACAAAUGAUAUCGAAAUGGGAAUACAGCAGCAUCAGGAUGCAUUGCUUGAGCUUGGAUGUUCUUGCAAAAACGAGCUUGCUUUGGUACACUACGCUUGCGCGCUUAAAUGGUUUCUCAACCAUGGAUCCACCGUUUGUGAAAUCUGUGGGAAUGCUGCGGAAAAUAUAAAAACUGCUGAUUUCAACAAAGUGGUCAUUGCCUUGAGAGAUUAUACGGCACUAAGAGAAGGAAACGCUGAAGGAGGAGAUCCAAACAAUGUAUUACCGGAUUCAACCAUAGAGUCAGAUGAAGUUGCUGCCAUUCGAAGGCAGCGACUUGGUGAGAUAUCUUCAUGGUUUGGUCCCCAUUCCCUGAACAACAACAACAGUAGCUCUGUUGCGGCUUCUCAGGUUACGCCUGAAGAACAAGCUUUGGGUGUAGUGAACUUUGAUAUCUUGCCUAUGGAAAGCCGUGCAACUAAGUGGGCCGUGGAAGGUACCGGGAUUCUACUUGCUACCGGUUUACUCACUGUGACUUUGGUCUGGCUCAUUGCUCCUCGUGUUGGAAAGAAAACUGCUAGGAGCGGAGGUCACAUCCUUCUUGGGGGUCUCUGUGCUUUAACAAUAGUCAUCUUCUUCAGAUUCAAAUCCCAACUCCGUGAUUGUAUGACCCAACUUGGUUUCCGGGUCAGGAUCCGUCACGGAUCCUUUUCCUCCGGUGCGGUGGCCGAGUACUCCGGAAAGCUUCAAUUUUUUUUAUGCUCUUUCCGGUUUUACUUAUCCUUGGGGAGCGAAACUCCAAUUCAAGAACGGUUUUUGCUCCGGCGGGUCCUCGAAGGAAGUGGCGAAGUCGGACUGAUACGGAAACUGAGGGACAAAAGCGUCAUUUUGCGAAAACUCGAUGGAACCAAACAUGGACGUGUCAAACGCAUCAAACGCGUCCUCGAGAUCAACCCAUUUGGACUCGCUCUGAACCUCCCAGUUAUCGGAGCACGUGACGUCCGGUGA